CUGGUUCAAUAUUUUUAAAUCUUUUAUUUUUUUGUUAAAAGAAAAUCCUAAUUCAUAGCCCUAAUCCCCAAAAAUUCGAUUAAUCAAUCGUUAUAUGUUAACAGAUCACGAUUGCAGAGUCAGAUUUCUUUGUCUAAACCCAAUUUAACAUCAAUUGUAGCUUUGUUUUACUUUCGUUUUUGUUGAUUGUGUGUUUAUAAGCGUACACAAUGAAAGCUAACUGAGCUUGUAAACAUAUAUAUCAAUGGCGCCGAGUUUGCACCAAUGGGAAUCGGACCCUCUGUUUUCUGCGGCUGAAGUAGUUCAAGACUCGGCCGACAGGAUGGAAUCAAUAUUCCGUCUUCUGUUCCAUGAGCUGAGUCUAGUUCAAGGUGACCACUCAGACCCAAAGUUACUUUCAUCAAUAAAUUGCCAUAGACGUGAUCUCGCAACAAUACUUGAAACUACAAAAUGGCAGUUGGAAGAUUUUCAAAGAGCGGUUAGUUACUCGACUAUAACAGAAAAGUCCCAGAUGAAGGAUGAAGUAAUUUCAAGGCACAGACAGUUUAUUCGAGCCAUAAGGGAACAGAUAAUUCAUGUGGAAAAAAGCUUGGAAGAGACAUCAGUAGGUAAUCCUGUGAGAAAUAAUGAGUGGGUUAACUUAAAUGAAGAAGAUAGAGAUGGGUUGGCACUAUUUCUUUCUGGAGGAGGAGGAGGUCCUUCGAAGCGGAUGGAUGCUUAUGACUUGGGGGACGGUGGUAUACUAAAAAGAUAUCUUGAUUCAACCUUGGUAGGUAGUGGGCAAGAUAAUGCUUUGCAGAACGUUGAGCAUAAAGGCAAAGAAAUUGAAACUCUGAAUAUUGAUGGGGUUGUGCAUAUGGAUCAUAAUAUUGACUCUAAAAAGGAAAACAACAUGAGAAAAGUGGGAUCUUAUUGUUCUACGCGGUUGGGUACUCAAGCAAUAAAUUCUCUUCCAGAGACCUCUCGUAACCGAUGUGGUGAAGAUGGGGAUUGGGACCUGGAGGCUGGUGAAGCUAAACCUAAAAGUUUCUCCCAUGAAAACAAGUGGAGAAACUUCCAAAGCAGAAGUCACAUAUUUGGGCUCUUCAGUAAUUUAUGGACCGCCUAUGGAGGUAAGGUUGCUAGAAAUUACACCAAGAGAUUAAAAGAUGGAGAAGAACAAAGGGAAUCUCCAUCAUCCAAUGAAGCUUUAAAUGAUGCACAGAGUUGGCUGGGGAUAUGUCAGGCAAGAUACCAAAGAUCAAGAAAUUACAUUCAGCAUAAUCGUCAAUUUCAGUUGAUCUCUCUGAUCAUAUUCGUGCUCAUUAUUCUCGGUACACUUGUUGUGCUCCAAAUUGCUUAAAGAGGUUUGCUACGUGAUUCCUUAUUUGUUUAGAGGGAUGUUGUGGCCGAAUUGAUACAAAGGUUAGAAGCAUUAGAGCAAAAACAGCUACUCUUUCACUAUCCAAACGCUUCUAUCAGUAUCCUUUUAAUAAUUGAAGAAUCAUCUUCCAAGACAUUCUGUAGCAAUGUCAAUAGACAAACCAUCAAGUACAACUCAAUUGACUUCAUGUCAAUAGACAAACCAUCAACAUUAAUUGAAGAUUCACAUUAUCUAUUGUUAUGCCAACAUGCAAUCGGCCUCGUGGAAAUCAGGAAUCUACACAGUUCACAUGGUUAUUAUUCAGCUUGUUUUGCUUACCUCUCUCUAUUUCUUUGUUAUUCCAGGAGUCUAAAACCUACUAUUUGAGCAGACAGGUGGAAAUCAUCUUCACCAUGGCAUUCCUUGACCUUGUUUCUGUUACUUUCGCAUGGAAAGACUCAAUAACGGUUUGCUGGUUUGCUUAAGUUGACAAAAUAGGUCUCGAUAGUUUCCUUGUUUUGUACCUAGGAAGUUAUAGUAGAGACUCUAUACUGGUUUUUGUAGUGUGGUCUGAUUUUGAUAUGCUUCAUUGGGUUCAUACACGAAUUAGUAUUUUGAGCAUCUUUGAUUCUACCUUAUUGAUUUCUAUUGUAUGUUUAAUAUUUCAUUACUUGUGUAAAUUAUGUGGAAGAAGCAGGGAUCAGUGUUUUGUGGCC